CUCUUUCUCUUACAAUACGGUCCGUUUCUUUAGCCCAGACCUCCGUUCUCUCUCUCUCUCUCUCUCGCUCCCUUUCUUCUCCAUUGCUGUUAGGGUUUUUCGAUUGUUUGGACCUUCAAAAUCGCUGCGUGUUCUCUGUUGGUUCUGUGGAUUCGUAAUCAGACCUCUCGCGGAUGAAAACUAGGGUUUAUGGCUGAAAGUGGAAGAUACGUUCUUAAUCAACCAUUUGACAUUGAAAGGAUAGUGCUUGAAGCGCAACACCGUUGGCUUCGGCCGAGCGAAAUUUGUGAAAUACUUCGCAACCAUCAUAGGUUUCACUUAAAUCCAGAUCCACCUGUUACGCCUCCAGCUGGUUCUUUGUUCCUGUUUGAUCGAAAAGUUAUUCGGUAUUUUCGUAAAGAUGGUUACCGGUGGAGGAAGAAGAAAGAUGGGAAAACUGUCAAAGAAGCUCAUGAAAAGUUGAAGGCUAACAGUGUGGAUGUUCUCCAUUGUUACUAUGCCCAUGGGGAGGACAAUGAGAACUUUCAGCGACGAAGUUAUUGGAUGCUUGAUGCGCGCUUAGAGCACAUUGUUCUUGUACAUUAUAGAGAAGUAAAAGAGGGAUACAAGUCAGGCAUCUCCCGCGUGAUAGCAGAUCCAGGAUCACAGGCUGGAAGCCCUCAAAGUAGUUCUGUACCAUGCUCUGCGCAAGCAAACUCACCUGCCCCUUCAGUUCAGACAUCUUAUGGAUCAAGUCCAAACAGAGUAGAUAGAAAUGGACAGAAGUUCUCAUCAGGAUUGGAUGAUGUGGAUUCUGCUAGUGAUCCACAAGCAUCUUCUCUCAGUCAACCUAUUUUUGGUUUUAUAUCGCGUGACACUUCUUUGCUGGAACAUAAAGUUUCAGGAUUUGCGGAGUUAUCAAGCAAUCCCCCAGAUUUGUGGUUUGCUGGACCUAAAUAUUGCCAAAGUUCUGGGUUAUCUAAUUUGGCUGAAACUAACAGCUUGGCCAACACAGAUGGUGUGCAUUACCAGAAAUAUUUUGUUGGACAUCCUACUGGAGCUGACUUUAUAUCACAUAAGCUAACAGAUGCUAGAUUGGAUGCUGAUAGCUCAGUCCAAGAUGUUUUAACUUAUAGAGAUAGAUUAAUCACUGACAAAGACAACCAGACAUUAAUGGCAACUUCUGGGGAAGCAGUUCAGGUGCCACAAGAGCGUGGUUUCGAUUUAGUUCAUCCCCAGUUUCACAAUUGUUCAGAUCCUCAUGUGGAAGUAACUUCUACCAUUCGUGUUGAAAAGAAAUCUAAAGAUACUGUUGUAAACAAUGAUGAAGCUGGAACGCUGAAGAAACUUGACAGCUUUGGUAGAUGGAUGGAUAAAGAAAUUGGUGGAGAUUGCCAUGAGUCCUUGAUGGCUUCAGACUCUGGCAAUUAUUGGAAUGCACUUGAUGCUGAAAAUGAUGAGAAGGAAGUGUCCAGUUUAUCACGUCAUAUGCACUUGGACACUGAUUUGCUUGGCCCUUCUCUAUCCCAAGAACAGCUAUUUACUAUCCGUGAUUUUUCACCAGAUUGGGCUUAUUCUGGGGAUACAACAGAGGAUGCAACAAAGGAUUCAAGAAAGGUCUUAAUUGUUGGUACAUUUUUGGUAAGCAAGGAGCUAUCUAGCAAGAUUAAGUGGGGAUGUAUGUUUGGUGAAGUUGAGGUUUCUGCUGAAGUUCUGAAUGAUACAGUCAUCAGAUGCCAAACUCCUCCACAUGCUCCUGGGCGUGUUCCAUUCUAUGUCACCUGCAGUGAUAGGUUAGCCUGCAGUGAGGUGAGGGAGUUUGAAUAUCGAGAAAAGCCAUCAGGAGUUGCAUUUGCUAUGGCUGUUAAAAGUGCACCAGCAGAUGAAGUGCAUUUUCAAAUGCGCCUAGUGAAACUUUUAUAUCUAGGCCGGGUGAGGAAGAGGUUUGAUUGCUCUAUGGAGGAUUGUGAUAAAUGUAAGCUUAAGAGUACCAUAUCUUCAUUACGAAGUGAGAGUGGAAAUGAUUGGGGAAGGGUUGAAGAGACCUCUAUGGCCUUCAAUAGCAAUCACAUGAACCCUAGAGAUGGACUGAUUCAAAUUUUGUUGAAGGAUAGACUUUGUGAGUGGCUAAUCUGUAAAAUUCAUGAAGGUGGUAAAGGACCACAUGUUUUGGAUGACAAAGGCCAAGGAGUUAUACAUUUGGCAGCUGCUCUUGGUUACGAGUGGGCCAUGCGGCCCAUAGUUGCUGCUGGUAUUAGUCCCAAUUUCAGAGAUGCACAUGGAAGAACUGGGCUUCACUGGGCGUCAUAUUUUGGGAGAGAGGAAGCAGUCAUUGCACUUCUUAGAUUGGGUGCUUCUCCAGGAGCUGUUGACGACCCAACACCAGUAUCUCCAGGUGGAAAAACAGCUGCUGAUCUAGCAUCAAGCAGAGGACAUAAAGGGAUUGCUGGAUAUUUGGCAGAAGCAGAUCUAAUCAGUCACCUCUCUUCACUGACUGUCAAUGAGAACAUAAUGGAUGGUGUUGCUGCAACUAUUGCAGCUGAAAAGGGUAUUGAGACUGCAGCACAUGUCCCAUCAGAUUUGGCAGCAUAUGAGAAUCUUUCUCUGAAAGGAUCUCUUGCUGCAGUUAGAAAAUCAGCUCAUGCAGCCGCUCUAAUACAAGCUGCAUUCCGGGCUCGUUCAUUCAAUCAUAGACAACACACUAAGAGCAGCAAGGAUAUUUCUGAAGUUUCACUUGACCUAGUUGCACUUGGUUCUUUGAACAAGGUUAAAAAAUUGAGCCAUUUUGAGGAAUAUUUGCAUUCUGCUGCCAUAAAGAUCCAACAGAAGUAUCGCGGUUGGAAGGGAAGGAAAGAGUUUUUGAAAAUACGCAACCGUAUUGUGAAAAUUCAGGCUCAUGUGAGGGGACAUCAAGUUCGGAAGCAGUAUAAAAAGGUCAUUUGGUCUGUUAGUAUUGUGGAAAAGGCAAUACUGCGCUGGAGGCGUAAACGAACUGGCUUGCGGGGAUUCCGAGUGGAAAGAGCAAUGGGGGAUGUGGCACUAGAGACUGAGAAAACUGAUGAGUAUGAAUUCUUGCGAAUUAGCCGGAAACAGAAAUUUGCUGGAGUUGAAAAAGCUCUAGCAAGAGUCAGGUCCAUGGUUCGAUAUCAAGAAGCACGUGAUCAGUAUAUGAGGCUAGCUACGAAGUUUGAGAAGCUAAAGAUGGGUGAUGAAAGGGGCAGCCCAAUGCUGCAAGGUGAAAUUUCACAAAAGAGCGAAAGAGAGCAAGACUUGCCUGCAUUAUCAAAAAAAUAGCGGUCAUAUAUUGGUCGUCCUACUUUUUUACCUGGAAGCGGGCAGCGCUUAAUCGGAACAUGGGAAUUGUUGAAAAGAAUACACUGACAAGUACUGAUUAGUUGCUUUCAUUUCUGUAAAUUGUAUUUGAAGUUAGAAAUGGUAUUGUGGCUUAUGGCAGGUGAGUCUGUAGUUAAACCUUUGACAUGACAUCAAAUUUCAUUUAAUUCUUUGAUA